AUGGAAGAUCAAGAAAGUAACAUUUUAUUUGCUUUUUCUUCCCAAGAUGGACUUUUCAUGGUACUCUGCAUGGUUUUGUCAUGGAUAUUCAUCCACAGAUGGAGCCAGAGGAACAAAAAAGGCCCCAAAACAUGGCCUCUCGUCGGAGCAGCGAUCGAACAGUUCACCAACUACGACAGAAUGCACGAUUGGCUCGUCAAGUACCUCUCAGAGUCAAACUCCGUCGUCGUCCCAAUGCCAUUCACAACUUACACGUACAUUGCAGAUCCUGCAAAUGUAGAACAUGUCCUCAAGACCAACUUUGCAAACUACCCUAAGGGUGAAGUGUAUCGUUCGUACAUGGAAGUACUGCUCGGAGAUGGGAUCUUCAAUGUGGAUGGAGAGCUUUGGAGGAAACAGAGAAAGACUGCAAGCUUUGAAUUUGCGUCCAAGAAUUUGAGGGAUUUCAGCACUGUGGUUUUCAGAGAUUACAGCCUCAAGCUCCAUUCGAUUCUCAGCCGAGCGUCUUUUCAAGGCCAACAAGUCGAUAUGCAGGAACUGCUGAUGAGGAUGACUUUGGACUCCAUCUGCAAGGUGGGAUUCGGUGUGGAAAUUGGAACUCUGGCUCCCAAUCUGCCGGACAAUCACUUUGCCAAGGCCUUUGACACUGCAAACAUCAUCGUGACGCUUCGAUUUAUCGAUCCGCUGUGGAGAAUAAAGAGAUAUUUGAAUGUGGGUUCAGAAGCUUUACUUGACAAGAGCAUUAAAACCAUUGAUGAUUUUACAUACUCUGUUAUUCGAAGAAGGAAAGCAGAGAUCAAAGAAACUCAGCAGAGUUCUGAAAACAACAAGAUGAAGCAUGAUUUACUGUCGAGAUUCAUCGAGUUAGGCAAAGACUCGGAAAGCGAUUUAACCGACAAAAGCCUGCGAGACGUUGUUCUCAACUUUGUAAUCGCCGGGCGGGACACAACAGCAACUACUCUCUCAUGGGCCAUAUACAUGGUAAUGACUCACCCCCAUGUAGCUGAGAAGCUCUAUUCCGAGCUGAAAACUUUUGAAGAAGAUCAAGCAAGAGAAGAGAAGGUUUCGUUGCUCCCGUAUGACACAGAGAACCUUGAAUUAUUCAAUCGAAGAGUUGCACAAUUUGCAGGACUGCUGAGUUACGACUCGCUGGGGAAACUGUAUUAUUUGCAUGCUGUUAUUACAGAGACGCUUCGUCUGUACCCUGCAGUCCCUCAGGAUCCUAAAGGCAUCUUGGAGGAUGAUGUUCUACCAGAUGGAACCAAAGUCAAAGCAGGAGGAAUGGUGACUUAUGUUCCCUACUCAAUGGGUAGAAUGGAGUACAAUUGGGGACCUGAUGCAGCUUCGUUUAAGCCCGAGAGAUGGCUCAAAGAGGGUUUCUUCCAAAAUGCAUCGCCAUUCAAGUUCACCGCAUUUCAGGCAGGACCAAGAAUUUGCCUAGGGAAGGACUCUGCAUACCUCCAAAUGAAGAUGGCCCUGGCCAUUCUGUGCAGAUUUUACACCUUCACUUUGGUCCCCGGGCAUCCAGUUCAAUACCGGAUGAUGACAAUUCUGUCAAUGGCGCAUGGCUUGAAGCUUACCAUAGCCAGGCGCUAAUCAUCUGUGUCAAAGAUAAUUAAAAGCAGAUUAAGAGUCUUCUCGUAUAUAUCGAAGCUUUUUAGACACGCAACAGCCAAAAGGGAGAACUUAAUUUUAUUUGAAUACACGAUGUCGCAACUGACAUAAAUAGCUUCCCAUUACAUGUCCUUCUCAAAAGUUCAUGUGCUAUAUUUAUCUCAAAGCUUCCAAGUCA